UGAACGAACAUCCCCGCAACAAGCAUGGCGGCGCUCCUGAGAUCAGGAAGUUUUCUGAGGAUUUUUAGCGGUUUUAGGCACUCGUUAGCCUCUAAUGCUCCUCGUUAUGAAGCCGUUACGAUCCAGAAGCUUCAAUCUACACAGUUAUACGCUUCCAUCACGAGAUCCUUUGCCGCACAGAAACCUCUUGAAAAUGCCACAGCAGGACAAGCUGCCACACCUGGUCUGGACAAAGCUCUGUACCGUAUUGACACAGACAUUCGGAGAACAGGACGCAUUUCCAAGAAAGACAUCGAGGAAAUAUAUGGAGAAAUGAAAUCCCUUAAGUGCGCAACAAGUACACAAAGUUUACUCCUGAUCCGAUGCUGUGGCAGUCUUGUACCUGAGGAGUUGCCUGAAGUGAGAACCAAAUUAGUGCAAGACAUUUGGGGAACUCUUCACCAGCUUAGCAUCCCACUAGACAUCAGCCACUACAAUGCUCUUCUUCGGGUAUACUUGGAGAAUGAGCACAAGUUUUCUCCAACAGAAUUUCUUUCCAUGCUUGAGCAAAAUGGCAUUGAACCAAACAGAGUGACAUAUCAGCGCCUCAUAUCAAGAUACUGUCAGGAAGGGGACAUUGAUGGUGCUAGCAAAAUCCUUGAAUUUAUGAAGGAAAAAGAAUUACCAGUGAGUGAGAGUGUUUUCAAUGCUCUAAUUAUGGGACAUUCCAGGGCCAAUGACAUGGACAGUGCCCGAGGUGUCUUGGGUGUCAUGCAAGGGGCUGGUCUGGAGCCCAGUUCAGAGACUUACACAGUGCUCAUGGUGGGCUUAGCAGAGCAUGGGGACAUGGAAGGGAUCAAGGCCACGCUGGCAGAGUGCGGAGCAGCUGACAUUUUCCUUCAUGACAGGGAGCUUAUGGAGGUUAUUUAUGCACUGGCAGUAAAGGGUCAUGAUGGAUCUGUGACAGAGAUGACAGAGAAGCUGCAGAAGGUGUCUGGUUACCAGCAGGACACCAUGAACCUGAUUUACAGAUUGUUGAAUGCAGGAUGCGACAAGGCUGCUUAUGAGAUGUUCCGUACUAUGAACAUGCCGCAGAAUGAAGAGGGAGAGAUAGCUCCUGUUGGCACAUUCUUCAUCAAACAUCUUGUGAAAUCUAAUAUGCCUGUUUCCAAAGUCGUGAGUUACUGCCAAGAGUUCAAGAAGGAAGGGCUGAACAUGUAUGCCCUGGAAAGAGCUCUUGAAGCUACCCUGAACACUGGGAAGCCUGAUGCAGCACUUGCCUUGAUGAGGGUGAUGAGGGAGGAUGGGGCACCCUUAAGAGCACAUUACUUUUGGCCCAUCAUUGUGCAUUACAGCAAACUCAAGCAGAAAGACAUGGUUUACAACACAGUGAAGGAGAUGAUCUCACUUGAGGUGCCCUUAACCUUAGAAACUUUCAAGGACUAUGUGAUCCCUGGAACCAUUGACAAGGAGGUAGACCAUGAGGCUCUGAUCUCCGCUCUGAAGGACUGCGGCAUGUCUGUCCCAGCCAUCAUCAACAGCUGCGUUGCUUACCACCUCGACAGUGGUGACGUAGUGGCAGCUGCUGAUUUGUUAUCCAAAUACAGAACAAGAGUCACCCCAGUUCUACGCAGGGAAUUAGCGACUACCUUUGUGAAGACAGGAGAAGCCAUUGCAACUGUCAACGUCCUGGGCCAGAUGGUCACUAACAACCAGGAAACAGCUGGAGAAGCAGACAUCGAGGGAGAUUCUGCAGAAAGCAAACCCAAGGCCAAGGAACCUCAGGAUGUGGCAGGGAUGUUUCUUUUGGAUAUUAUGUUCCUCACCCGGAACACCCAGGUGGCUGAAAGAUUGGAGAAAUUGCUCCAGGCUAUGGAAAGUAGGGGUAUAAAUAUCAGCAGUAACUGUGCCUCUGACAUCCAAGCUCGUCUUGGCGAAAAUGCAACCAGCACUAUCACUAGUCUGUUAGAACGACUCUCAUCAGGAGACCUUACCCUCCAGCCACUUUCAAGAGAAAAUCAAGGUCCCUUGAAUACACAGAGCAUAGCAGAAUUGGAACGCCGCCUGACCGAAAUGCAGAUCAAAAACAUGCCAGGGACCCCAGUACUAAGCCAGCUUCUGAUCUCAUAUGCACGUAAUAAGCAAGUAGAAAAGGCAGAGGAAGUGAAGAGGAAACUAGAGGCAGAGGAGUUCCCCAUUGGUGUGGGCCAGUCAGUCCUCCUCAUCGACAUGUAUGUAAGUGCAGGCAAGCUGGAUGAUGCCCUGAGGGAGCUAGCAGAGAUGCAGAAGAGAAACCCUGAUGUAAAGCUGACGCCCUUAAAAGUGAUGAAGAUUGCACAGCUGAUGCUUACAGAGGGAAGAACUGAUGAUGCCAUAAAGCUGAUAGGAGACCAUGCUCCUGAACAUGUGGAGAAGAGGGAGGACUUGGUUGUCAGUAAUUCCUGCUGGCGAAUGGUCAAUGUUGUGGCAGAAAAGGGUGACCUCUCCUCCGUCAAACGCCUCUUGGAUGUUGUGCUUGAUAAACAGAUUGUUGAACCAACUUCUACUAUCCUUGGACCACUUAUAAAGGCUCAUCUUGUGAAUGAUAACUUAAGUGGAGCAAUGGAAGAGUUUGAAAGAAUUUGCAAAGAAUAUAGAGUAACACCAUGGAAGCACGAACUUACUCAGCGAUGCAUUAAACUAGAGGACACGGAAAAGCUUCAAAAGAUUAUGGACCUCAGCAUUGAAGUCCAUGGUGAGAUGAACAGUUUGUACGACCUGGUGUUUGGGUUCAUAGAAUGUGGCAGGAUCAAGCAAGCCAAGAAAAUCCUAGAGACUCCAGGAUUGCGUGCCCGCCAUAACAGGCUUGAACAGCGCUGCAAGAGGUACUUGGAGGAAGGGAAGAUCACAGAGCUAGAGAAUCUUGUGGCUGUUACUCGGGACAUUUUUGAUGUUGAUAGAAAUAUGAUGUUCAUGUAUCUCCUUCAAGCCUAUGAGAAGCAGAAUGACUGUGACAAGGCCCUGGGCAUCUGGACAUCAAUGCAAGAAGAGAGUAUUGAACCAAGUGAUGCCUUUCUCCUGAAGCUUGGCAAAAUGCUGAAGAAGCAUAGCCGAGAAGUACCCUUUGUUAUGCCUGUUGAACAGAUAGAGGUUUCCAGUCCUUCGGAAACAAAAGCUCCUUCCUCUGCCCCACCUCAGCCGAAGUCAAAGUUCCGUACAGCUCUGAAGGAGAAGGACUUAGCUACUGCCAUAAACCUGAAAACAGAAAUUGAAUCAUCCGGAGGACAGUUGAAUUUACGCGAGAAGUCAGAACUGAUAGAGGCUCUGGUCCAGCAAAAUCAGCUGACUGAAGCAACAAGGUUAACAAGGGAUAUGCUAGUGGCUGGUGCUCACCCCAUUCCACGUAUCUUCAAGUAUCUCAUUAAUGAAUUGGCUAAAGGUGGCGAUGUGGAGAACUUGACCUCCUUCGGGAAGUACAUAUCAGAGACAGUCAAGAAAAAUGUCUCGUAUGACAAUCGACUCAGCAACGCAUACCUGGCAAGUGGUCGUGUGAAUGAAUGCUUGGAUGGCCUUAUCCAUGAAAUCGAUACAGCUUCUGAGGAUGACAUCCCACACCUCAAGCAGAAGUUCCCUAGAGGUGGCAUUUUAGGCUUCAUGGAGAAGGAGCCCAGCAGUGUAGAGAAAGUGAAGGUGCUGAGUGACAAGUAUGCUGCAAAGGGCUUUGUAGGUCCUGCAAACAGUCUUUGGCAGCAUCUCUUCUGUGAAGGCCGACAUGAAGAGGCACAGGAGAUUUACAACAAAUAUCUUACUGGGAAAAAUGAACGCAUCAUGUUCAAGAAAAUAUUGUUGAAAUCUCGAGAGAAUCACAAUACAACCUUAGUGGCAAAACUGAGUGAAACAUUAAAUGCCAGACAAGAUACUUCCAGCAUUGCUAAAGGAUUGGUAUACAGCUGCUGGGUUGAUAUCCUUUGUAACACAAGCAAAUAUGACGAAGGCCUGUCAAUAUUGGAGGAGAGCCUGAAGCACCUCUCACUGGCAGAUUACAACACAACAGCUCUCACCAGACUAAAAGCAGGCCUGGAGAUGUCAAACAAAACAUUCCCAUACACGAUCCCAGAAAAGGUAAAGACAGAUCGAAAGAAUGCAAAGAGCAGCAGCAGCAGCAGUAGUGAUAGUGAUUCAGAUUAGAGGAGUCGAUAUUU